AUGCCGCUCUGUCUCACCUUCAUCGACUUAAAGAAGGCCUUCGACUCAGUUGAGACGGAAGCGGUCGUGGAAGCCUUGGACAACCAAGGCGUCCCUACUCAGUACAUAAAGGUACUUCGAGAGUUGUACAGUAACUUCACGACCGGAAUUUCGCCAUUUUACAAGAACGUCAUCAUUGACGUGAAGAGGAGGGUCCGACAGGGUGAUACAAUCUCACCCAAAAUAUUCACAGCCACCCUCGAGAACGCAAUGCGAAAGUUGGAAUGGGACGACAUGGGAGUGAAGGUUGAUGGUGGGCAGCUACACCAUUUGCGCUUUGCUGAUGACAUCGUACUGGUAACACCUAGCAUCAGCCAAGCGGAACGAAUGCUGACCGAAUUCGACGAAACAUGUGGAUGCAUCGGUCUUCAGCUGAAUCUACAAAAGACGAUGUUCAUGCGGAACGGAUGGGUCUCGGAUGCCCCAUUCACGCUCAACGGAACGAACAUAUCCGAAUGCACCAGCUACGUUUAUCUGGGUCGGGAACUGAACAUGAUGAACGACCUGACCCCCGAGCUGGGCAGGAGGAGACGAGCGGCUUGGGGAGCGUACAAGAGCAUCGAGGAUGUAGUGAAGAAGACCAGGAACAUCCGGCUCCGUGCUCACCUCUUCAACACCACCGUAUUUCCUGCUUUGACCUAUGCUUCGGAAACCUGGGCAUUUCGCAAGCAGGAAGAAAACGUGAGCGUCAUUGAACGCGCAAUUGAGAGAGUGAUGCUAGGAGUAUCCCGUUUCACGCAAAUGAGGGACGGGAUUCGAAGUUCUCUCCUACGUCAGCGAUCGAAUAUUAGAGACGCCUCCGCGUUUGCCAAGGAAAGUAAAAUAAGGUGGGCCGGACACGUGAUGCGCUUUGAUGACAACCGUUGGACCAGAGCCGUGAGCGACUGGGUUCCCCGCGAUAUUAAGCGCACCAUAGGAAAACCGCCGACCCGAUGGUCAGAUUUCUUCACGAAGUCCUUGAAAGAAAAAUAUGAUGCUCUUCGUGUCCCGCGCGAAAGGAGGAACCACUGGGCUACUCUGGCACGCGAUCGGAACAAAUGGAAGAAUUACUGGCGCCCGCUCGACCAGUUCGAAGAUCAACGGGAGUCAAGGUGA